CACAAAUGGACUGGACAUUGAUGACAACAUCAUAUACUUUACUGUUGGUGAAGGCAUCAUUAUAUCAGGAAGUGAGAAUCGGGCACGUGGAAAUCUGGUGGUUUUGGCAGUCUGGCCUGGAACAUAUAAUGGAAGAUUAGAGACAUUCAAUCCUCUCUGGCACGCUGCAAUUAUGGUGAGUGAUGCCCAGAAUGUUGUGCUCCAGAAUAAUGUAGUAGCUGGGUUUGAACGAGCUGGUUAUCGAAUCGAUGGAGAGCCAUGCCCCGAUCAAUAUAAUCCAGUGGAAGCCUGGUAUAACAACGAAGCCCACUCAGGGUUGUAUGGAAUCUACAUGAACCAAGAUGGCUUUCCUACAUGUUCACAUAUUCAAGGAUUUACUCUCUGGAAAUGUUGGGAUUAUGGUAUCUAUUUUCAGGUAAUGUCAAGCAUGAAGAUCUCAAACGUAACCCUGGCUGACAAUGGAAUGGGAAUUUUCUCAAUUGUGUAUACACCUGAUUGCCUUUCACAUGAAAUUUCCAACAAAACAAUUGCCAUUAAGAAUGCAUUGCUUGUUGGAAGUAGCCCUGACUUCAACUGCUCAGAUAUUCUCACAAACAGUGAUAAUAAUAUUGCACUCAGCAAUCAGCAUCGAAGCACCAGACCACCCCAAGGUGGAAGAAGUGGAAUCUGCUGGCCAACAUUUGCAUCUGGUCACAACUUGGCACCAGGACACCCCAAUGCUGGAUUGAUGACAUACCCUGCCAUCAGUGGCCUAAUGACAGUAAAAAACUCUGUAUUUGUGGGAUACAGAAAUGUUUGCUCCAGUGAGACAAAUGUAAUGUUUAUGACAAAUCCUGCAAAUGAUGAUCUUCAGCACCCAAUACACGUUGAUACUCUCCAACUUGUCAACAGUACAGAACGAGCAAAAGUCUUUAUACAUAGACCUGAUCUGAGCAAAGUGAAUCCUUCAGAUUGUGUAGACAUGGAAUGUGAUGGUAAAAAGAAGAAUAUAAUCAAAGAUUUGGAUGGGUCUUUCCUUGGAACGAUUGGUACUGUCAUACCUCAAGCAGAGUACCAGUGGAAUGGAGAUAAACGCUAUGGAAUUGGAGAUUAUCGAAUUCCCAAACUUUUGCUAACUCGCUUAAAUGGCAGCCGUAUUCCAGUAGCAGAAAUUGCACCAUAUAAAGGAAUACUGCGGGACUCCAACUGUACAUAUAUAUCAGAGUGGGAGGCCUACAAAUGCUUUUCACUCAGUUAUGACAUGCUUGUUAUUGAAAGUUUGGAUUCUGACACCGAGACAAGAAGGUUAUCUCCAGUUGCUUUGCUUGCUGGUAGAUAUAUUGACCUCCUAAAUGGGCCACAGGACCAUGGAUGGUGUAAUGGAUAUACAUGCCAGAAGAGAGUCUCUCUGUUCCAUGGAAUUGUAGCAAUGAACCAGUCAUACCAGCUUUUCUUCACCAGCACCAGUCCCCAGAACCUACGAUUAAUGCUGCUGAAUGUUAAUGACGAUGAAACAGUCCUAGUAUCAAUAUUUUACUCAACCCUUCAGCGCCUGGAUGUAUACGUCAACAAUUCACUGGUGGCACCUAAAAAUGCGCAGUGGAACAACCAACAUACGGACUACACACUGAGUGAGCCAGCAUAUCCAGGGCAAUACAUACCUCAGCUGAAUUCAACAGUUGCUGGUGAAAACUACUUUGACAGAGAUUACCAGAUGCUCUACAUUUUAGUAAAAGGCUCUACACCUGUGGUCAUCAAGACAACAGCAGUUCUUAUCAUUGGUUUCACUAUCCCUGGAAUGACAGUGGACAUGUUCUUUGACAAGGACAAACUUAUUAGCAAUCUUGCCAUAGUUCUAAAAGUGCCACCAAAAAAAAUCCGUAUCACAAAGAUCAUUUCCGCAAACAGCAGUCGUAGAAAGCGUGCAGUGUCAACUGGCAUAACUGUUCAAGUACAGAUUUCUGAACCUCCUGUCCUGCAGGUAUCCAACAGUAAUACUACCAAUACAACUGAUCCGCUACAAUAUGGCAGCCUAAUGAACAUUUCACAAACUAUUGGGAAAUUAGCAAUAAAUGGAAACUUGUCUGCCCUUGGAUUUAACAUUUCUUCAUUAAGCCUUGUCAACCCAGUUCCACCUUCUGAUAACCCAGCAUGGAACCAAACCGCAGCUGCUACGUCAGAUCAAAGAACAACAACAACAACUGGAAGCUUUGUGGCACCAGUGAAUUCCUUGCAGGUGGUGAUACAACCAGUGGCUGGACUGGCAGGAAGUCCACUAAUUCAACAACCUUGUGUGCAGGCAGUGGAUGCCACUGGAAUCUGUGUUGCUGUAGAUGCUGCAGGAAUGACUCUAACAGCUGUGCUGCUAAACUCAUCUAAUUUACCUGUUGAAGGAUUAAGCGGAACUACUACUGUUGCCUUUAGUGGAUGCUGGGCUAACUUCACUAACCUCGUCUUAAAUGCAACUGGUGACCAUUACCAGCUGCGGUUUGAACUAAACCAGAUACAAAUCAUGUCUAAAUCAUUUGAAGCAAAAAUAGCUUCAAACUCCACUGAUGUUACUUCUACUGACAAUACUACUGUUUCCAGUACUAUUGCUAAAUCUGCUGAUAGUACUACUGCCACACCUACUACUAAUCCAAAUACUAGUACUACUGUCCAAAGCACUGUAAAGUCCGCUGCAUCCAGCUUCAAUGACAUGGCGUAUAUCCCUUAUCUAGGCUGCAUAUUUGGAUGCAUGAAUAGAGGAGGCCACCUGUUUGCUGCAGCUGUGAUCACUCUUGUCUUGAUUAUGAAUAAUGUUUCAGGUUAAUGUCAAACUCUGGAUGAAGCAAAGGAAUAUACACCAGUUGCAGAGAAAGAUGAACAGAUUCGAAGAAUGGGAAAUGCACCUUUUGUUUAUACCUGAAAGAAAUAAGAAAUGUGUGCUCACAUUGCUUUUAGUUCUUCUUGGACUGCUGAGCUCCAGGGCUAGAGUUUUUUGUGUAAAUAACUUUCCUACUGAUUCAGCUUUUAUGGCAUUUCAGAAUACUUCAAACCAAACAUUUAAGCUGUAAAUACUCAGUGCUUUGUACAGACAUGUUGCUGUCUAAUGUUUGUGUGGGUUUUAGAGAGAAGAUGCAUAUUUCUAGAACUCUGAUACUACUUUUCUACCAGUUCUCUGCUGCUGAAGCAAAUAUUUAAACUGUAUCAAGAAAAAUGUAUGAUCUGUGUAUUUUAUUCACAUUAUAUUAAGUUGUAAAUGAUACUAAUGCCAUAUGUCACUACCCACUGGCACUAUAUUAAAGUCUGAUAUGCUAUGUAGAGACUACUGUCUUGCUCUGCAUCUCCAUUUAAUUCACAGAUUCUGUUAAUGUAGCCAUAAAUGGAACAGUAGCUUAUAAAUAUUGUUUGCUGAUAACCAUAUGAUGCUCCAGUCAUACAGAAGCAUCAAAAUGUUAUCCAUUAGUUUUCAUUUCUCAUUAAAUUCUAUCAGACAGUGCACCCACUCAUAGCACACUACAACACUAAUUCCUUCUGCAGUUUAAGUUGUUGUUGUUGUGUCUUUCGGCUUUUUCUGGUUAGGGGUCACCACAGCGGAACUCCGGUCCGCUAAUGAUUGGCAGCAGAU